AUGCUCUCACUAUCACCGCUCUUCCUGCUCGCACUCCUCUGCUCUCACCCGAUACGUGGACACGCACAUAGCACCCAUUCGAGUUUCACCCACUCCCACGCACGGCGCUCGCUCCACACCAGGGAAGGACCUACGAGCGCUAGCUAUGCGAGGGAGGAGAGAAGGGAUGUGUUGGAUGGGUUAGGACAGGUGGUCGGAGGCCUGUUGGGAGAUUUGGGAAAGACGGUCGCAGACUUGGGCGAGGAUGUUGGAAACGACUUGGCCAACAUCAAGCGGCGCUUACAGUCGUGGGAGAAACGUGAUCUCCUCGGAGACUUGGACCAGACGGUCGGAGACGUCCUCGGAGGUUUGGGAGACACGUACGAGCACGGGUACCAACUCGGGCACGUCGACUCCUGCUUCAACAACGGAUACUCCGUCCGCUACUUCGAGGGACACGACGUCGCCUACCUCUUCAAGUGA